UCAGUGAAGGGUCUUUAGGCGCAGCUCAGAGGCAAAUAUGAUAAGCGCAGGUCAUACGUAUGAAGAACUAGAAAAGAGGAGACGUAACUCCAAACAGUAUUGUAUACAAAGAAAUUAUACAUAAAUUACAAAAUAGUAGGCACUUGAACGUACCGCACAUAAAUACAAUAAGCAGUUAAUUUUUAACGAUACAGAUAACUUCAGUCAUGCGUUUGAAUCGUCAGUUUGAUUUGAUUUCAGUUGUUCUACGGUAUAAUUGUGAAUUCCCGCCCUUUCGGUGAAUUUUGUCACAGAUCACCCGUACACGUCGGAAGUUCAAAUAUCAAUUAGGCUAACGAGAUUGAAAACGCUUUUCAAAUGAGUACAAUAGAAUCAAACAAUAUUAUGUCUUAAUUGUUGAAAGAGACUAGUUAAAAUUUCUUUCGGUCUGAACAUUAAAAGGUUAGGAUUUUCGAGAUAUCGGAACAAACUGAACCGGUGUAACCCCUGAAAAUCAAUCCGUGCUCGAAUACUGUGAGAAUGUUUUGAUCGUGUGGUUCUACGAAACAGUUAUUCACUGUUAUAUCAAAUUAGUCUAGGUGUCAUAGAAUCUGAUGGAUUCAGUAAUGAAUCAUCGAAAGUUGACCAGUAUUUAUGCAUUUAUUGUAAAACUGAACCGUUAGUGGAUGGUGACACUUCGAACUUUUCUUAGACCAUGAAACAAAGAUUUUGAAAUGCCUCGUUGAUUCGGUACCAAGGUAAUUCUCCCAUAUGAAAUGGUUGAAUGUAUGAUGUAAACCUAUGCAAAAUGUCACGGCGAAGAUCAAAACGCCUAUCUCAAAAUCCAGACAAACUUAUUUGUCACUUUUGUGGAUGUGAUGAAGAAAACGAAAUAAAAUAUGGGAAGCUUUGGAAUCAGGAUGGCAUCAUUACACACUACUAUUGCUUGUUAUUAUCAUCCAAUAUGGAACAGAAUGGCGAGGACGACCAAGGUAUUUUGGGAUUUAUGCCCGCAGACAUACAAAAAGAACUGCGCAGAGGAAAGAAACUCUCUUGUUGCUAUUGUAAACGAAGUGGAGCAACUUUAGGAUGUUGUCACGCUAGAUGUAAACGAGUGUUUCAUCUUCCCUGUGGACUGCAGGCAGGUUCACUACAUCAAUUCUUUGGUGAAUUUAGAUCAUACUGCGUAACACAUAGAAUACAGCAGAAAAUAGAUGAACACAUAAAGCAGGAAGCUGCAGCAGCAGGGACAGUAAUUUGUUGUAUUUGUUAUGAUGACGUCAGCCCCAAUAACACGAUACGAACUUUAUGGGCUCCGUGUUGUCGAAAAAAUGCGUGGUUUCACAGAGACUGCGUUCAACGCCUAGCAUUGAGUGCUGGAUACUUUUUUAAAUGUCCGCUUUGUAAUAAUAAACAAGAAUUCCAACAAGCGAUGCUGGACCAUGGAAUCUUUAUUCCACACCAGGAUGCAUCGUGGGAGCUUGUGCCAGAUGCUUUCCAAGAAUUACUGCAUAGGCACAAUUCUUGUGAUGCCGUUGAAUGUCUUUGCCCAAAAGGAAGAGACCACACAAGUGUUAACGCGAAAUGGGAACUAGUUUUAUGCCAGUUGUGUGGCUCUCAGGGUAUUCACAAGGCAUGUGGCAAUUUAAAAUGGUCUAAUUCUACAUGGGACUGUGCUCAGUGUGCCAAUAUGUUGGAUAAGGCCUCUGAUGAUUCGUCUGCUAAAAAUGAAGCAACAGAAGAGACAAAACUUAGUACAAUGCCGGAAGAUAGUGACGGUGAUAGUGAUAUAUCAGUAGUAGGAGAUUCUUCACCAAAACCCGCAAUCGAGGAUAGGUAUUCCCCGCCACCUGUAAUUCUAUCUGGUGUUAUUCGACCUGGUCCUCGAUCAUUUAAAUUGAAGCAAGCAGUACAAAACGUAACAAGUACUGAAUCUGCUGCAUCAAACAUCUCUGACACACCAUUAAUUGAGGAUAGGGUUCAAUCUCCAUUGAAUCAUCCAGAACACAUCGCCGAUGCUCUUUCGAAUGAAACAGACGACGAGAGAUCAUUGACAAAUAAUAUCUCUGGAGAAAUUGAUAUAACAGACAAACAACCUAGUUCUAUAGAACAAAACAGUGAAUAUUUACAAGCAAAUGAACCCUCACCAGAAAAUACGCAGACGAUGAAAAGCUCCGAGCAACUUCCAUCUGAAAUCAUUUCGCUUGAUAGCGAUGAUGAAGUAGAAAUAAUCAAUGUUCCACAACUACAAAACGUAUUAACUACAAAGAAUGGAAUGAAAAUUGAAAUUCACAACUUGCCAAAACUACCAGCUGAAUUUGAUAAAGUUGAGGGAGAUUUGAAUGUUAUCAAGUCUAGCCCGCCGCGAAGAAUUCCCUCACAUCAUGGUUUGAUUUCAACGGAAAAAUCUGACAGUUCAGUUAAUCCCUUCAAGAAUUCUACUUCCCGUCCAACACCCAACUCUGAUGAAACAAGUAUACACAGAACUAAAUUAUCUGUUACUCGUAAUGCUGAUACAAUUGCAGUAAAAUUGAUCGAAAAUCUAGAUGAUUCAGAGUUGAUCGUAUCGCAACCCUCGGAAAUGAACAUUAAAAUCACUAACGUUACCUCACUUUGUCCGCAUGUUAUACCGGCAUUGCCGCUGAUUAUAAAAAAAAAGGAGUCGAUUUCUUCCAAGCCUCAUCUAUUAAGAAUUGACCUCAAAAAUAAAUCAUCACAUAACGAUGAUCAGCCAAUUGAGUUGGUGGAAACAGCCAAUCAAAUCAUUGAGGCAUCAAAUACAUCCACAAAUGGUUUUCAACCAAAUGCGACAAUAGGGGAAUUGGGUUUGAAACGAAAAGACAAGUUUUUUGAUCAUUCGGAUCCUGUCACUGGUCCGUUGAACGACGAAGUUGGACUGCAUAAUAAAAAGGCCCGUAUUUCUCAGUCUCCGAAAUCCCCAUCUGCACUUCAAAAUACAGACGACGGAAUACACAUGUUGAAUGACGUGGGUGGAUCCAUUCCGAAGAAUAGAACUUCCUUAAUACCUUCUACUAGUCAUACCAAAAUGUGUGAUUCAAACCAAUCACAAAGAAAACAGCACUGGAGCCCAGCCGAUAUCAAAACUAGCAAGAGUGGUGUUUCUAGCACACCUCAUAACACAGAUAAGAAUAAAGAGAAGAACAGACUUUUCGGAUUUUCUAGCUUUACCGGCCCAACAAAGUCAGUUAAAACUGUGGAUAACACGAAUCGCAGAAGUGUUUCGCUGAACGGAUAUUCUCCAAUUUGGCCAGAAUGUCAUGCAAAUGGAUCUGAAUCAGUUUCCACGACACCUCCGUCCCAUGCACAAGGAGGCAAGACAUCUAAGCUCAGAAAAAUAUUACCCAAACCAAAUGUUCAGAGAACCCUGCGGAUCGAUGACAAUGCUUUAUUCAAUCUUCCACAAAUAUUAGAAACUUCGGAUAAAUUGGUGCGUGCACAACAAACGUCUGAGCAGCACACCUCUAAUCACAGUAAAACUGGGGAUUCAUCGUCUCACCCAAGUUCUCGAUCAUCUGAAAUUAUCAAUGGAGAAAUGUCGGUGAGAAAUAAAAGUAAGCAGACUACGCCAACGAGUAUGUUUACAUCUAGUAGCAGAUUUUGUUGUCCUAUCUCGAACAACGUGUUGAACACGAGCAGUUCUAUAGCGCAAGUAGCUGAUGGACUUUCGAUCACUAGUGGUUGUGACGGGGGUGGUGCAGGCUCCGAUCGUGGUGCUGAGGCCAAAUCUGGUUUUCAUGGAGCGAGAUCAAUUCCGAACGAUGCGACAGCAGAAUCAAUCACUGGCCAACGUGAACCCUGUGCAAAAUCACAAACGAAACAUGAAGUCUGUCAUGAUCCCAGCGUUUGUGUUACGGCCGAUUCUUCCGACGCGCAACAUCACUUCAGCACCUCAACCACGAGAAGAGAUUGUAAUAGACCUCGACUGAUUCCUAGGUCUGUUUCUUUAAGAGAUCUAAAAUUUCGUAUUCUGGAAUCAGGAAUUGUUCAGAUUGCUGUCUCCGAUACCCUCACAUUGAAUGUCAAUACAAGCACCACUGACGUCAUUGAAGAAUCCCCUGCUAAGUUUACUGCUGUCAAAGAAUGCGAUUCUGUAAAUAAUUCACGUAGUACUAAGACCAUCGAUCUUAGCAAGGAUUUUGUGAGGAAACCUUUGACCGAUCUUACAGCAUUUGAACAUUUGCUCGACAGUCGAAAUGUGCAGGAUAAUAUCGCAAACGUCAAAAAUAAAGCCGAUUCGUGUAUUGGGCUGAAGUCAAAUUGUGGCAUCCAAAAACAGUGUUUGUUUUCGAGUUAUGGCGAGAUCCAGAGUUCUCCCAGAAAUCCGAGUAAAAAAGAUUUCUACAGACGAAAGUCAGUUUUCACAUUCGGACAUACGGAUAAGAAUUCUAAUGAUCUCAUGAAUGAUGUACAUAAAAUCAGUGCUGUUCCAACUGUGGUUGAAGAACUUAAUGAAAUUGUAGGAACAGUGCAAACAGUGCAAACAGUGCAAACAGUGCAAACCAAUAAAGAGUGCCAUGGUGUAUACGUUUCUUCUUCAAAUGGGACUCGCAAUUGCUCUAACAACCAGAGUAAAAACAACUCUGUCGACAGUUUAACAAAUAUUGCCAUGAAAAAAUCUCAAGAAGAUAAAAAUAUGAACGAUCCUAAACCAUGCUCAGUUGAGCCGCGUCUUAGCAUUAAAGUUAAAAUAGAUCUUGAUAAAAUUCAAAAUUUAAUGAAUAAUAAGCCACAAUUAUUCAACAAAAAUAACUGCUCAAAAAGAAGGUUUGAGGAUCACCGUGAGCCGCGAAGUCUACCAGUUUUAACGCCACUGAAACAAUUCUAUAAUUCAAAUGAAAACAGACAAAUAAAUUCUUUCAAGACUUUGAUCGAUGAAAAUGUAAAAAAAGUAGAUAAUUCAAAUCUUAGAAAGAAGUUUAAAUAUUCCAAAUUUUUCCGAGACCACUUGAAGAGUUGAAAAAACAAAUUCGCGAUGUAAUUUUUGACAAAUGUGAAGUAUAAUUGAGAUCACUAAAAAAAAAGUUCACAUCAAACAUUCUGAAUGCCUGCGAAUUACAUCACACCCCAAAUAUUUAUACCAUUGAACAAUUUCAAUUUAUAUAUUGGGUGAUGAAGUCUGUCCAGAUUAUUCUGCAAAAACAAAAAACUCCCAGUACCUCAGAAAUUCGAGUUAUCGGCUGUUUCCAUAUGUGAUAGUUAUAUGUAUGUAUAAUGCUGGAAUCGGAUUAGGAAUUUAGGUAGUCAUAUUACAUAUUUCAUAGUGGUAUCACAUAACUAAAGUCAAGUUGACUUUUAACAGUCACAUAUGUAUAUUCAUAUUUUUCUAAUAUCCACAAGUGAAUUAGAUAGUUUUUAUUGUUACCAGAAGAAAUAUAUGAAAUGUUAACGGGAAUGCUGUAGCUGAGGUUCCAUAACGUGUUUUGAUAUUCACAAAAAUAAAACUUUUUUAUGAACAA